AUGUCCAUGAAAUUCUUCCCAAGAGCCACAGUUGGUCGUGUCCGCUCCAACUCUGCCUCACGGUCACUCUACACCAAUCCAACCUCACUCUCAUCGUUCUUCGAUGCCUCUGCUCCUCCUCCCCCACCCAAUGCUCGUCUAUCAACCCACCGCCUGCCUGUAGAGGCACGUGCUGAAGUUGAAGGCCCAAAUAACGGUCAAAAUUCUCACCCAACGCAUGCUCCACUUGCACUUGCUGCCCCACAUACACAGACAUCCCAACCUCCACACCCUGCCCAACUUGCUCUCUUAUUUCCCUACUCUCCUGGGAGGAAGGCAAAUCAAGCUAACUCCUCGCAUGCGAGCGGUUCAAAACCUCAUCGACGGAAAGGCCCGCGUUACACUCUCGAUAUCGGCGCAUAUGGAAUCCCUAAACGUGGUCACCGCUCGCGAACGGUUCACACCCAGGCAACUGAUGCACCAAUGGCUGUACAAGUUGGGGAGGACGCCUAUUUUGUCCACGAGAAUGCAAUGGGAGUAGCAGAUGGGGUCGGUGGAUGGGCACGAGUCAAACAUCUUGCACCUACGACGGGUCCCAGUGCCUCAGCAUUGUUUGCUCGAAGGUUAAUGCAUUUUUGUGCAGAUGAAGUUGACCGCGCAGCUCGACAUGCGCCUUCCUCACAACCUCCCAUCGUUGCUCCAUGGGAGGCUCCACCAUAUCGGCCACAUAACUCUGUUAACUCCGCAUAUGAUCCGACCACUUUUGCUUCCUCUUCCUCAUACACUCCUUUGUUCGAUCCUUGGCGAGACGAAUCUGAUAUCGAAGAGUCGGAAGAUCUUGCUGCCGAAUUGGAGGCAGAGCUGGAGGAGUUGGCGGAAGGAAUCGACGUACUGAACAUACUGGAACGGGCUUACGAGAGGACACUCAAGGCCCAUGUUGUGGCAAUACCCAAUGACCCAGCCCCUUCGCCAGAUCCAACCAAAAGUCCGACGUCUUGGACUCCUUUCUCUUCCCCAAUAUCAGAGACAACCACAGUUCCUCUACGUGCUGGAGGGAGCACUGCUCUUGUCGCCGUGUUGGAUUACGUCCCUGCAAACGGCUCCCUUCCCAAUCGGGUUGAUGUUGGCGUGGAUGGCGGGCUUGGUCUAUUUGACGUCGUCGAUGCACCCCAUCCGGAUGCUGCAGGUGACGGCCUAACGCCUGUUCUAAAAAUCGCCCACUUAGGAGAUUGCAUGGGUAUGCUUGUCCGCGAUGGGGCAAUAGCCUGGCGGAGCGAAGAAAUGUGGUGGAGAUGGAACACACCCGUUCAACUCAGCGCGGCUACUCCCGCUACUGGUACGACGUCCACAGGGAGCACAACUGGCUGGUGGUCCCAGUUGAUUGGUACCCCAGUCGCGGGUCCCUCAACAACAGGCGAAGUAACACCAGGGUCUGCGGCCCGAGUGUUCACGCUACCAGUCCGUGCUGGUGACAUUCUCAUCUUGGCCAGUGACGGGCUCGGCGACAACCUUUGGGACGAAGAUAUUCUCGAAGAAGUUGCACGUGUCUCCAAGGCUUUCGCAACUUCUCCUUCCACUAUACACUCACAGGAUUUUGCUGAUCAAUCGCGGCUACGACGGCGAACUUUGGCGGGUAUGUUGAGCGAAGCUUUGUGCUCACGUGCAAGGAGGGUCGCAACUCGACGCGCUUCUGGUGGACAACCUUGUGCAAUGGCUGCCAGUGCACCUGCAGUUUCCUUGUUGAGCGAUCCAUUCAACUCCGUCGAGGAUGAGACGCCGUUUGGUCGUCGUGCUAGGGAAGCAGGCAGAGAAUUUUCUGGUGGAAAAAAUGAUGAUAUAUCCGUUGUUGUUGCGGUCAUUGCGCCAGCAGAGAAAGCUGCUGUUCCCAUAAUACCAGUGCCCUGA